CAGAGCUGGAACAGCACAGUCAAGGGAGUGCUGCAGAGCAGGGGGAGAUGUGGUUCCUCUCCCUCAGAGUUUGCUCCUACAUGCAGAUACUUCAGGGUCAGAAGGCUUGGAUAGAGAAGACCUUUUCUAAAAGAGAAUGCAUCUAUAUAAUUGCUAACAACAAAGACUCUACCAGGUGCUGCUGUGGCCAGCUCAUUAACCAACAUAUUCCACCUCCUCCAAGUAUAACAGCUAAUAAAAAUGAAGAAGAAACGAAGCAAGUGGAAGCUCAGCCAGAGAAAUGGUCUGUCAGUAAACACACCCAAGCAUACCCAACAGAUGCCUAUGGAAACCUGGAAUUCCAGGGAGGAGGACAUUCAAAUAAGGCCAUGUACAUCCGUGUGUCCUAUGACACUAAACCAGAUUCUCUGCUGCAUCUCAUGGUGAAAGACUGGCAACUGGAACUGCCCAAACUCCUAAUCUCUGUCCAUGGAGGCCUCCAGAACUUUGAAAUGCAACCAAAAUUAAAGCAAGUGUUUGGAAAAGGUCUGAUAAAGGCUGCCAUGACCACAGGAGCUUGGAUUUUCACUGGUGGUGUUAGUACAGGUGUCAUUCGCCAUGUGGGAGAUGCCUUGAAAGAUCAUUCUUCCAAAUCCAGAGGACGAAUAUGUGCCAUAGGAAUUGCACCGUGGGGCAUUGUAGAAAACAAGGAGGAUCUAAUAGGAAAAGAUGUAACACGAGUUUACCAAACCAUGUCAAACCCUUUAAGUAAGCUCUCUGUGCUCAACAGUUCCCACACCCACUUCAUUCUGGCAGACAAUGGCACAUUAGGUAAAUAUGGAGCUGAAGUCAAGUUACGGCGUCAGCUGGAAAAACACAUUUCCCUCCAGAAGAUUAACACGCGACUGGGGCAAGGUGUUCCUGUAGUUGGGCUCAUAGUAGAAGGAGGUCCCAAUGUGAUCUCCAUUGUCUUGGAGUGUCUGCGGGAAGACCCCCCUCUCCCGGUGGUGAUCUGCGACGGCAGCGGGCGAGCGUCAGACAUCCUGUCAUUUGCACACAAGUACUCAGAGGAAGGAGGGAUAAUAAAUGAAUCCCUUAGGGACCAGCUUCUAGUUACCAUCCAGAAAACCUUUAACUACAACAGGAAUCAAGCUCAUCAGCUGUUUGUCAUUCUUAUGGAGUGCAUGAAAAAAAAAGAACUUAUCACCGUGUUCCGCAUGGGCUCGGAAGGGCAGCACGACAUUGAGAUGUCCAUCCUCACUGCUCUCCUCAAAGGUACCAAUGCAUCUGCUCCAGACCAGCUGAGCCUGGCUUUGGCCUGGAAUCGUGUAGACAUUGCACGCAGCCAGAUCUUUGUCUUUGGGCACCACUGGCCACCUUUAGGAAGCCUUACAGCUCCUGAUGGUACAGCUCCUGAGAAGGAAAAGAAAUCUCCAGCACCUCAGACUAAAGCAGGCAGGGGGAAAGGAAAAGGAAAGAAAAAAGGAGGAAAAGCAAAAGAAGAACCAGAAGAAGAAACAGACCCAAGAAAACUUGAACUCCUGAACUGGGUGAACUCCCUGGAGCAGGCUAUGCUGGACGCCCUGGUCCUGGAUCGAGUGGACUUUGUGAAGCUGCUCAUUGAGAAUGGAGUGAACAUGCAGCACUUCCUGACUAUUCCUCGCCUGGAGGAGCUGUACAACACUAGACUGGGUCCACCAAAUACGCUGCAUUUGCUAGUCAGAGAUGUGAAAAAGGGAAAUCUUCCACCAGAUUAUCAUAUCAGCCUGAUAGAUAUUGGCCUUGUCCUGGAAUAUCUCAUGGGUGGAGCCUAUCGCUGCAACUACACUCGGAAAAGCUUUCGGACUCUUUAUAAUAAUUUAUUUGGACCAAAAAGGCCAAAAGCUCUUAAACUACUGGGAAUGGAGGAUGAUGAGCCUCCCACCAAAGGGAAGAAGAAAAAGAAGAAAAAGGAGGAAGAGAUUGAUAUUGAUGUGGAUGACCCAGAAGUCAGCCGCUUUCAGUACCCCUUCCAUGAGCUGAUGGUGUGGGCUGUGCUCAUGAAGCGGCAGAAGAUGGCCCUGUUCCUUUGGCAACGAGGGGAGGAGUCCAUGGCCAAGGCUCUUGUGGCUUGUAAACUCUACAAGUCUAUGGCCCACGAGUCCUCAGAGAGUGAGCUGGUGGAUGACAUCUCUCAGGAUCUGGACAACAACUCAAAAGAUUUUGGCCAGCUGGCUGUUGAACUCUUGGAUCAGUCCUAUAAACAUGAUGAGCAGAUUGCCAUGAAACUGCUGACAUAUGAACUGAAAAACUGGAGUAAUUCUACCUGCCUGAAGCUGGCUGUGGCAGCUAAACACAGGGACUUCAUUGCUCACACCUGCAGCCAGAUGCUCCUGACAGACAUGUGGAUGGGGCGGCUGCGCAUGCGGAAAAACCCCGGCCUGAAGGUUAUAAUGGGAAUUCUCUUCCCUCCCACCAUCCUUUUCCUGGAGUAUCGCAGUUAUGAUGACUACUCCUACCAGACAUCAAAGGAAAAUGAGGAAGGCAAAGAAAAAGAGGAGGAAAAUGCGGAUGCAAAUGCAGACACAGGCUCCCGAAAAGGGGAUGAAGAGAAUGGAAAGAAAAAACAACCAAGCCUUCCAAUUGGAACAAAGAUCUAUGAAUUCUAUAAUGCACCUAUUGUCAAAUUUUGGUUCUACACAAUAUCAUACCUUGGUUACUUGAUGUUAUUUAAUUACAUCAUCUUGGUGCGGAUGGAACGGUGGCCAUCAGUGCAGGAAUGGAUUGUCAUCUCCUACAUUGUGACACUGGCUUUGGAGAAAGUCAGAGAGAUUUUAAUGUCAGAGCCUGGCAAGCUGAGCCAAAAAAUUAAAGUUUGGCUCCAGGAAUACUGGAAUAUUACUGACCUGGUGGCUAUUUCAGUAUUUAUCAUAGGAGCAAUUCUUCGCCUGCAGAACCAGCCUUACAUGGGUUAUGGAAGAGUGAUUUACUGUGUAGAUAUCAUUUUCUGGUACAUCAGAGUACUGGAUAUCUUUGGUGUGAACAAAUAUCUGGGACCUUACGUCAUGAUGAUUGGAAAGAUGAUGAUUGACAUGCUGUACUUUGUGGUGAUCAUGCUGGUGGUGCUGAUGAGCUUUGGAGUGGCCCGGCAGGCCAUCCUGCACCCGGACGAGGAGCCCUCCUGGCGGCUGGCGCGCAACAUCUUCUACAUGCCCUACUGGAUGAUCUACGGAGAGGUGUUCGCUGACCAGAUAGACCCUCCUUGUGGGGACAAUCUUUAUGAUGAUGAUGGUAAACGCCUUCCUCCAUGCAUCCCAGGGGCCUGGCUCACUCCUGCUAUCAUGGCCUGUUACCUGUUGGUAGCAAAUAUCCUGUUGGUAAACCUGCUGAUUGCUGUCUUCAACAAUACCUUCUUUGAGGUAAAAUCAAUAUCCAACCAAGUCUGGAAGUUCCAGAGGUACCAGCUGAUCAUGACAUUCCAUGACAGACCUGUCCUGCCACCACCAAUGAUUAUCUUCAGCCACAUCUACAUCAUCAUCAAGCGGAUCUGCUGCCGCUGCAGGAAGGGUGAUGGAGACCAGGACGAGCGUGACAGGGGACUGAAGUUAUUUCUGAAUGAUGAAGAGCUAAAGAAACUCUAUGAGUUUGAAGAGCAGUGUGUAGAAGAAUACUUCCAGGAGAAAGAGGAUGAGCAGCAGUCAUCUAAUGAUGAACGCAUCAGAGUUACCUCUGAAAGAGUUGAAAAUAUGUCGAUGAGGCUAGAAGAGGUGAAUGAAAGAGAGCAUUUUAUGAAAGCCUCUCUGCAGACAGUGGACCUGCGGCUGUCUCAGCUGGAGGAGCUCUCGGGCCGGAUGGUGAACGCUCUGGAGAAGCUGGCGGGCAUCGACAAAGCCGAGCUGACGUACACGCGCUCGCGGGCCUCCUCCGAGUGUGACGCUGCCUACCUGCUGAGGCAGAGCAGUGUCAACAGCUCUGAUGGCUACAGCAUGUACAGAUACCACAUCAGUGGCGACGAGCUCACCUUUGAUGACAGCACCACGCCCAUGUCACCGGCCAUGCGUAAAAAAGCCCACUCUAUUGGUACCAAAGAAGAUGGAGCAGACCCAAGGAUGCUGGCUCCAGAACACCAAACUGGACUCCACACCUCGAGUCCUAAUGCAGUUGCUACAGCAGAUCACAGUAAAUCUGCACUAGAAAUUGCACAGAAUGUUUCCAGAGCCCAUUCUGGCUCAGGUGGUUUGGGGAGUGAAAAGCAGGGGGUUUUCAGUAGUGAUGGAAUGAUCCCUCAAAGUGUGAACCAGAUGAAUGCUGUUACGAACAGUCAGUCAGCAGCAGGACCAGAUUUUCAGAACACUCAGUUAAAAGUAGAACGUACCAAGUUAGAAGCAACCAUCUCUUAUCCCUUGGACAAAUCCAAAGCAAUGCGCUAUUUUCCUCCUGAAACUUUCAGUGCUUGUCAAACCACUAUGAUGAAGUCAAGGAGCUUUAUAUUUGCACAAGGUGGAAAGCUGGUUGGAGGAGUUAACAACUGGACCUCAGAGUACAGUACCAUUAUGGAUCAGGUGUGUCCUUCUACAAUUGAGCAGUGGGCCACGGAGUGGAAAUACGAAGUUGAGCAGCAGCUUUCUCAAGAGCGUCCUCCAGAAUACCCUGGGCUGAUCUCUGAGGCAGAAAGGCAAGCAGAGGAGAAGCAGAUGGACACAGAUGAUGACAGUAAUGUUGCUGAAGCAGGUAUGAGUGCCUCUUACACCUCUAUGCCUGCCCCUGUCAAGGCUGAGAAGGAGAAUUUCCUGUCAGCAAAGGAAGAAAGGACUCCUGGGUUCCCAUCAGUACGCUCCAAGAGUUUGCACAGCCAUUCCCGGAAAGCCAAGUCCGUGAAGGACAAAUUAAAUAGACCAGGACAUGCCAGCAGUGUAACUAAUUUGGUGGUAGCGUUUGGCAGUGCAACAGAAGAACAGAAAACCAGGCAAGAAAAUGCAUCCACAGAAACUGAAUGUUAAGGUGGCUUAUGGUCCCUGUUUUACCAACAGUUGAGAAAGCAAAGUGACAAAUUGAACAAAUUAGGGAUUUUAAAAUUAAUUUCUAAAGAAGAAUUGUGAAUAUAUGUAUUCCUCUUCUUUUAAAAUUAAUAGAUGCAUGUUCUGUUCUUAAAUAAAUGUUUGCUGGGUUGGGUGAAAGGGAGAUGUUCUCUCAGGGGCAGAUAAAAGGUAGGUACAGUCCACAGAUGCCGAAUAUAUAGAUAUUCCUUUGUUCCAUUUCAGCCUCUCUCAUAGGCUCAUUUAAUGCCAAGCUCAUUAUAAAGCUCUUAGAGGAAGAGCAAUAUUAUAAUGUAAUAAUUUUAUCAGAAGAUUUCUCAAACUGAACACAUUUUUAACCAGCCUUAGUUUUAUCCUUACUUAUGCAGCUGGUUUCUUUGUAGCCAUGGUGUUUUUUCAGAUCCAAACAAAAUUGUUGGAGGCAAGGAAAAAUUAUGCAGUCCCUUCUUUCACUUCUGAUUUCAUGCAUGCUGCUCAGCUUCUCUUUCAGAAUGGCAUGACAUGGCAUUCUCAUCCACUAAAAUAGGUCAGACUGGCAAAAUACAGUUGUGUUUGGAGAAAUCUGACCUGGAAAGCCACAUGUAGACAUAUUCUUAAUCUGUCCUUGAACUUCAGUGGCAUAAUCUUGCUUUCAGUACCACAUCUGUCCCCAACCCAAAG